AUCAUGCGAACAACGCCCCUCUCGCGUCGCACCCUUGCUACCCCUGGAUGCGCCGGCGUCGAAAAGCUCAGUACAUUGAACAAAGUGGUCGGGAGUAAGUCUGGAUUGACAAAGUGCAGUGCCUUAGUUUCAAACUUUGAAAGAAGAACGAUUUUUGACGUCAACCAGUGUUUACAGAAUUAUGCUUGUUUAACAUCUGAAUACUGGGGUAGCCAAAAUGGACGUGCCGUCGAUGCCAACUUCUUCAAAUCGCAUCUUGUACGACGUGCCUUGUGCCGUCUGCCGUGACCACUCGUCGGGCAAGCACUACGGCGUCUUCGCCUGCGACGGGUGUGCGGGCUUUUUUAAGAGGUCUGUGCGAAGAGACCGACGGUAUGCUUGCAAGGCCAGAUCGCCUGGAGCAUGCCUGGUCGACAAGGCUCACAGGAAUCAAUGCCGCGCGUGUCGCCUGGCCAAGUGUCUCGAUGCAGGCAUGAACAAAGAUGCGGUUCAACAUGAAAGAGGGCCGAGAAAUUCAACAAUAAGACGACAAAUGGCCAUGUUUUUCAAAGAUACCGGCCCGGCAACCGACUUAGGUAGACCGAUUGCUCCAAUUUUAGAUCUGGCCUUACCCAAGGUAGCAUUGCCUCCGGUGCCGCCACCAGUGUCGCUAUUCCAAAACCCUUACUCAUAUGACAGGCUAAAAUUUGCCACUCCUACACUUAUACCACUCGAUAUACCAGCAUCUCCGCCGAUGUCAACCCCAUUACUGACUCCAUCUGAGCCGGAAGCGAUCUGUGAAUCAGCAGCCAGGAUUUUAUUUAUGAACGUCAAAUGGGCCAAAAAUGUACCAGCUUUUGCGACACUAUCUCUUCCCGAUAGACUGCUACUUUUGGUGGAAACCUGGAGAGACUUGUUCGUUUUGGGAACGGCACAGUUCCUCCAUCCAGUGGACUUGAAGAUUCUUUAUGAUUCGGGCAAUACAAGAAUAGAUGCGCGGGAUGUUGAGGCUUUUGAAUCAGCUUUAUCGGAAGUAGCGCAUGUGAGGCCGGAUACGAACGAGUACGCCUGUCUGAGAGGAAUAGUCCUGUUCAAGACCAGCUUUAGUGACAGCAACGAAAUCAGUCCGACACAUUCUGAUUAUAAGAGGUUACAAGAUCUACCAGCUGUGGCAGCAUUACAGGAGCAUUCCAAAAUCAUAUUGAACGAGUACAUAACCCGCACAUACCCGCUGGCCGUGACUCGAGCAGGGCGCCUGCUCCAUCAACUGAAUACCAUAAGGAGGGUCCCUAGCAGAGUUAUAGUUGAGCUAUUUUUUCGAUCUACCAUAGGAGAAAUAUCUAUAGAGAAAAUAAUCAGUGACAUGUACAGAUCUGAGAAAGAGAUUCUUUAAUAUUUGUUAUUCCCAUGGAUUUUAUUUAAAAAUCCUUAAUUUAUACAAUGCAAUAUUAGAUAACAUAUAACGACGACAUAUAAGCUAACUAUUGCAAACUAAAAACUGAAUUUGAUGUCAGAAUUGAAUUUAACGAAAUCAUGAAUCAAACCAACAGGUUCAUGUUUUAUAAAACGAAGUAUGAUAUUCUCAAAGCUAUUUAAUAAAUAUUUUGAAUAUGUUUUUAGUCACCAUCGCAAUAAUGUUUAUACUUCGUAUAAAAUUAUGUUUUAGGAAUAUCUAGUCCUUAACAAUAAAACAGUAACAUAAAAACGUGAAUAAUUGUACCGCGACGCUUUGAAGACGAAAAUGAUAUAUGUACUUACUUACAUUUUAAUAUGACAUAAGUGACAAAAUUCUAUUUUCAAAUUAAGUUUACACGUCUUCUCGCCUUACAAACUCAUUCCUUUGUAAGAAUAUUAGUUUAUUGUCAUAAAAGUUUAAAUUUUAAAUAAACAGUGGCUUAUCUGUUUAUUGAAACAUGUUAAAUAAAUCACAGUAAUAAUGUAAAUAUAUUAGAUUGAAUAAUAUAUAUUUAGAAGUGGCAUUUAAGUACAUAAACAAAGAAAAUUUAAAAAUGUA